UGUGCCCUGAUUGGUCAGGAAGUAAGUGUACCUGCAGCAGCUGUGUUGAGAUCCAGGACAGAUUAGUUGAGGUUGUGAACGUGAUCCACAGGUGUGCUAAACUGCUGCAGUGUCCAGAGACCACGGAAUCAUGGAUCCUGAAUACACCUCAUAUACCAUGUCCUGGGGGACUCUAGGGACUGUCCGACCUUUUACCAACUUCCAGCCAGAAAGAGACGUGAUGGAGGUCCAGGCGGCACUGGAGAAGAAAGACACUGUGACGUUGGUCAGGAUUUUGACCAAUCGGAACAACGCACAGAGACAGGUGAUUUCCAGGACCUUCGAGGAGAAAAGCGGCAAGAACCUGAGCGUGGCUCUGAAGAAGUCCAUGUCCGGAGACUUGGAAGACCUACUGCUCCUGUUGCUCCUGCCGCCAGACAACGCCGAGGCUCAGCGUCUGCAGCAGGCCAUGGCGGGUUUGGGCACAGAUGAGGAAACGCUCAUGGAGAUCCUGAGUACUCGAUCUGGAAAGCAACUUCAAGACAUCAGCACCGCCUACAGACAACUGUUUAAGAAGGAUCUGGAGAAGGAGCUGAGAGGAGAAACCAGUGGAGACUUUUCUAAGUUGCUCAUGGCACUGAUGAAGAAACAUAACGUCCCUGCUGUGGUUCAAAGUGAUGUUGAGGCUCUUGCUGGGUCUCUGAGUGGCAAAAAGGUUGAUGCUGGACAGUGGAUCAAUAUCUUCAGCUCCAGACACCCAGACCACUUGAAUAAAGUGCUGAUGGGCCUGGAGCUGGAGACCGGACAGAUGGUCAGUCAGAUAGUAGAGAAACGAUUCUCUGGAGACUUCAGAUCGGCUCUGAAAGUUUUAGUACAGUGCAUCCAGAGUCCUGCUGAUUACCUCGCCAAGAGACUGAGCACCAUGAAGACAUCCAUGGUCCACGGCAUCAUGGUGUGUCACAGCGAGGAGGACCUUCUGUGUGUCCGAGUGGCGUACCGGAAGCUGACGGGAACGUCUCUGUACUCUGCUCUGCAGAACCAUUUCAAAGGAGAACAUCUGCAGGCACUGCAGGCCAUCUGCCGGUCCGAGGACUGAAGCGACGCUGUACAUAAAGAUUUUUAUCCCCAUAAAACAGUUUAUUAAAAAAAAAAAGUUCCAAAGAUAUUUGUCAUAUUUUAUUC